AUAACAUGAAAGUCGGAUCGGAUAUAAUAUUAAUUAUACGGAACCAGGUAACUUAUUGUGCGGCUUUAAAUAUUUUCAUCCUUAUUUCAUUUAGAAAACAGAGACACACUGGAUAAUAUAGGCGUAGAACUCAUAAGAUUUGUUUUAAACCGGUGAUACAGACUUAGGAUUAUGGCCGAGAGUCAAAUAAAGAGUCCGCCAUCAACAAAACCUAAGAGCUAUUCUUACGGCGCUACCGCGACCGGAAACGACAGAAUAGUUUAUCCUUACCCGACAGGAAGCUCUUCUUACCCGUCACGUCGCAGCAGCCCGAGAUCAUCCACAUACAAAACGAACCCCGCAGACGACUUUGAUUUUAAGACAACGCUGAGUGGCAGAUUUGUUUUGAAAGUCUAUAAGGCUUCCGUCACUCAGCUGAACGUUGACGUUAUUGUCAAUGCAGCUAAUGAUACCAUGGUUCACGGAGGCGGCGUUGCCAAGGCUAUUUCAAAAGCUGCAGGUUAUGCUCUUGACAGAGAAAGUAAAUCAUAUGUGGACAGAUACGGUCCAUUGAGAGUUGCUGAGAAUAUUGUAACAACUGCUGGAGAAUUGCCAUAUAGGGCGGUGAUACACGCCGUUGGCCCUAUGUGGUCUGAUUACAGAGACAAGGUAUUAUGCUUGGAUGAUCUUUAUGACUGUAUCUACAAUAUCCUUAUAACAUGCAAGAAAAAGCGUUUUCAAACUGUCGCCAUGACUGCUAUAAGUGCAGGUAUUUUUGGUGUUCCGAAACAGCUGUGUGCAGACAUGUAUGUAUAUGCCGCUGCAAACUUCAGCAGCACACUACUGCCAUCGGAGUGUCCGAGGGAGCUCCACAUCGUCGAUGUUGAUACGUCAAUUCUUCGACUUGUCAACGAAUCUGUCCUAAGGUGGGAGAAAGACCCAGAAUCCCUGAACGCGAGACGCUCCAUGCCAAAUUUCCUCAAAGACAACCCCCACCUUUCAAGGUCAUAUGACAGCGAUGAAGACCACGAAGACCACGAAGACAAAAGGUCACACACGAAUCAAAGUCAGAACUUUAAAAGAGGAAGAAAUAAUACGUCAUCUGAAUUAGUCACUAGUGUGGUAAAGACUAAAGAUGAAAGAUUAUCCUGGGGAGGUGUUGCGAAGCAGUUUAUGGUUGACAAUCAAAUUAAAGUGAAAGUUUACCAAGGAGACAUAAGCAAGGUCAGAAACAUGGAUACCAUCGUUUGCGGAAUGAGUAACACUUUGGAACCACAGGGAUUGAUCGCCGAUGCAUUGAAGAAUAUGGGUGGAACUGUAUACACAAGAAGUUUUAACAAAAUGAUUGAAAAACAUAAAAAGGGCCACGUCAAAUACUCGGAUGUGUUAAAAUGUGAUGGCGGGAACCUUGGUGCAAAGUAUGUUCUUCAUGCCGUGAUAAAUAGGGUAGUGGAUGCAAACAAAAAAGAAACAGAUGCAUACCAGGAUUGUAUAUCUAGUGUCCUGUCGGAAGUUCAAAGGAAUGGAUGGAAAACAAUAGCAAUACCAAUGAUCGGAACAGGCACUAUUCAAACAAAUGAGAGAAAGUUGAAGCUGUGUGGAAAGGCUCUUCUAAAAGCUCUUGAUGAAUUCGUAAAUAUUCAUUGCGACCAACAUGAAGUUAAAGAAAUCCAUCUCGUUAACAACAAGCAUGUAGUUGAUCGUGCUCUAGUAGAAGUUUUUGACGAAGCAGCUGAUCUACAAGUUACUGCUGACAGUAGAAAACCAGAACAUAAAAGUGAUGUAGAUACCAGUGAAACGAAUGGGCAUGCAAUCAGUGAAACGAACGGGCGCGCAACCGGUAGAAGCAAUGGGCAUGCAAUCAGUAGAAGCGAUGGGCAUGCAACAAGUAGAAGCGAUGGGCGUGCAAUCAGUAGAAGCGAUGGGAAUGCAACCAGUAGAAACAAUGGGCAUGCAGCCAGUAGAAGUAGAAGCGAUGGGAAUGCAACCAGUAGAAGCUAUGGGCGUGCAGAUGCAACACAAGGUGCUGGUUAUCAUAAUGGCUAUUCUUCUCGUAGCAAGUGGUCAUACUCAAAUGGCAAGACCACUGCGCGAAACAAACGGGAGAAUAAUAGGAGUUAUUAUGAAAGAAGUAGAAAUGGACGAAGCCAAGAGAGAGAUAAAAUGGGUGACAGAUACGAAAAUGCGUCUGGAAGUGACGAUGAUGAAUCACAUGAAGACGAGUUGGAUAAGGGACAGGUGCGACGGCGUUCCGAUCGCAAAACACAAGAUGGAAAUUUGACGAUAAUUGAUGAUUGAACUUUACAAAACUACUCCAGCUGGAGAGCAGACUCUACAUGGUGUUUACAUUUAAAUGUGUUUGUUCCAAAAGUGAAAUAUUUUGCAUAGAAUAUAAGCACGGUAAUGAUAUAAUUUAUCUAUCGGGGACCACUGAUUUUGGUGAAUGGCUUAUUUAACUGUAAAAAUUGUAAAAUGGAAGGAAAUUAAUUCGCAUAAAUGUGUGUUUGAAGUCACGGAAAUUAGUUUUACAUUAACAUAACAUAAUAGAGUUUGCAUAUUCUGUUGUAAAGAAUCUCCUUAUAAAAAUAAAUGUUUUUCUACUU